CCAGCCUCCUUCCAGCGGAGGUGACCAGCUCACUCACUCUGUAACAAACACCUCCAAAAUCCCCAAAAUCGCCAAAAUGUCAAAGCUGGGUGGUCUUCUUCGAACCCCAUUCAGAUCAACCCUCGCCGCCCGGCCACAAAACCAUCACCACCUCCUCCCUUCCCUCCUCCGCGACCCGCCGCGACGCUUCUCCACCGCAGCGGAGCAACCGCCUCAGAACCCCGCACCCGGACAACCACCUCCGUCGCCGGAUGCAACAGUCGACCAAUUUGUUCGAACCCCAAACGCAGAUGCGGCGGUUUAUGGGAAAUUGAUUGGGAUUACGAGGAACACGUUGAAGACCGACAUUGUGAACUUGCUGGAAGGCUGCAAUCUGACUCUGGACGAUGUUAAAGUCCAGUACAAUACGAUUUUCGUGCCCAACGGAAUGAUGGUGCAAUUUCGGUCUCAAAGAGCUUUUGAGAAUGCAAUUAGGGUGCUUCGAAGUCGGGGCCUGGCCCAGAUGUUCAGAUUGGAAAGGUCUGAUCGACAGAGGUGGGAAUCUGUGCCUUGUUAUGAUGGAAAAACUGUAUUAAUUCAGGGACUCCCUCUAAUAUCAUAUGCGGAAGACGUGGAGCGCUUUCUGUCUGGAACUUCAUAUCAAUCCUCUUCCAUUAAAAUCUUUUUGAGACAAGCUCAACCGGAACCCAUUAAAGCUGCCGUUGUUCUGUUUCCUUCACCAAUCCAGGCGAUGAAUGCAUACAUCACAAGGAACAGAGGCUACAUUCGAAACAAUCAAGUGUUGAUGCGUGUUCUCCAGUAAUGUGUUUUGGUUUCUUCGUUCCUUUCGUCACUGUAGCAUGUCUAGGAGACAUAAGAUGAGGAUAGGAUACAUAGUUUUACUUUCUCAUUGUGAUUGACAUGUAGUUAUAAACCUAAGAUAUUCUACCCUCUUAUAGCAUGCUACAAAUUUUUCCCUCAAUAGCGAAAUUGUGCUUAUGGUUUC